GACUCACAACGUGUUUAUUUUUCAAGAUGGCGUUGUAUGAAAGGGAACAGGCACGAUUGGCAGCACUAAUGGAAGAAUGUUUGCUGGAGGAUGACAAUGACGUGACCGCCAUACAUUAUGAUGAUGCAUCGGAUCCAGAUGAAGAAGAUAUCUUAGAAACAGAUGACCACAAUAGCGAUACCGAGCAAGAUAUUUCAGAUGACGACGUUGAUGAUAAUGAUGAUUCGGCCCUUUAUUUUCUUGGAAAAGAUAAUCAAUCGAAGUGGAACAAACAUUGUCCAAGAAAAAACGUGAGAACGAGAGCAGUAAACAAAAUUUCAGACAUGCCAGGCGCUAAACCCGCCAUGAAGGGUACGAAAUCUGUUAGAUAUUUGGCAGCAUUUUCUUGAUGCUGAUAUUCUCAGAGCCGUUGUUGCGUACACCAACAAACACAUUGAAAGUGUACGUGAUAACUACGCUAGGGAAAGAGACGCGAAACUUACAGAUAUUACGGAAAUUCAAGCACUAAUUGGUCUUCUAUAUUUGGCUGGCGCAUUAAAAUCGAAUCGCUUGAAUGUUGAAGAUUUAUGGAAUAACCAAGGAACGGGUAUAGAAAUUUUUCGUCUGGUAAUGGGGAAAAAUAGGUUCCUAUUUUUAUUACAAAAUCUAAGAUUUGAUGAUAUGGAGACUCGCGAUGAACGAAAAAGGGUGGACAAACUUGCGCCGAUCAGGGACUUUUUUGAUACGUUUGUAAGCAAAUGCAAACUCGCCUAUUC